AAACCGGGGACACGCAGUGUUUUUGAGACGCAGGUGUCUGUCUGAAUGCGCAUGCGCACUCCGGGUUGAAGCGUCGUACUUGUUUGGAAACAGAAGCAAGCCGCUGUGCAUGGACAUAUGAGAGAGACAAAGCUGCUGUCAUGGCAGAAAACAACCACAGUGACAUCAUCGAGCAUCAUGACGAUGAAGAGAUGGAGAAGAUGAACAGGCGGAGAAAUGAUUCGCAGUCGCUGAUGGAGAGCGGCCCUGGUUCAGAGAGGGAGGGAUACAGCAGCACCCAGUCCUCCCACCGCCUGCUGGCGUACAGUGAUGCUCUCAUCUCCAUCAUCGCCACUGUCAUGAUAUUACCUGUUGCCCAUAUAAAAUUUCAAGACACUGAGGAACUGACGGAAAGCAUUCAGGCGAUCCUCACUACGAAGAUUGCCGUAUACCUGAUGACAUUUCUGAUUGUAACUGUCGCUUGGGCGGCACAUAUACGACUGUUUCAGGUCAUUGAGCACAUCGAUGACACACUUGCACUUCUUAAUUUAGCUUGUAUGAUGUUGAUCACUUUCCUCCCGUACACAUUUUCCCUGAUGGCAGCUUUCCCAGAAAACACCCUUGGCAUUCUGCUCUUUUGUGCCUGCGUCAUUAUUAUCGGUCUCGUUCAGGCCGUUAUUGUCUUGUACGGGUUCAGCCGUCCUUUCCUCCUAAAUGAGCACAUCCAGAUGUCGGAAAAUCGAGCCUAUUACAGACGCCAUAUUCUUGAAGUUAUAAUGAGGGUGCCUCUAAUGUGCUUCUUCGCUGGCAUCUUUUCAUUCAUCUAUUUUAAACUGUCGUAUGUCCUGCUGGCCCUCGUCAUCUUCAUUCCCUAUAUCUCUCAGACUAUGAAAUGGGUUUGGACUAAAGUCAUUGGUACUCGGGUGGAGGAGACUCCAGACUCCAUGCUUUUUUAUACGUACCACCCCAGUGAACCACUGAGCAAGGAGCGGGUCGAGGCCUUCAGUGACGGCGUUUAUGCCAUUGUAGCCACUCUUCUCAUCUUAGAUAUAUGUGAGGAUAACGUGCCAGACCCAUCUGUUGUGACGAAGCAGUUUAACAACAGUCUUAUCACCGCUCUGCACGAGUACGGCCCUGAGUACCUGGCCUACUUCGGCUCCUUCGUCACAGUGGGCCUCUUGUGGUUCGUGCACCAUUCACUCUUCCUGCACGUCACUCGUGCGACACGUUUAAUGGGUCUCUUCAACACUUUCUCCCUAGCUUUUGUAGGUGGCCUGCCACUGGCCUACCAGCUAACGCAUGAGUUUCCUCGCGGCUCUCGAAAUGAGCUCGAGGCCAUCCAGAUCAGCUGCGUCAUCAUUUUCUUUGCCGGUCUCUUUCAGCUGGCUAUGUGGGUUACAGCUCUCUUCACAGAGCGUGAGACGCUCCACCCGUACGUGCAUCACGGAGGCCGAGAGCACGCCUUCAUGCUCGCUAAGCUCCUGCUCUACCCCUGUGUGGCACUCGGGACUUUUUUCUCAACAUGUAUCCUCAGCCGCUUUAGCUCGCCCAUCUUCCACCUGAUGCAGAUCGCCGUUCCGUUUGCAUUCCUGCUGCUGAGGCUGAUGGUGCGAGUGGCACUGGCUGUGCUCAGGUGGCUGUUUUGUCCAAAGACAUCUAAUGGAAGAAGUGCAUUGGUGGAAGAGGAGGACGCUCGCGUGCCUUUUACAGACAUUGUCACCUAGCAGGACAUGUUGACUCCUGGUCAAAUCCAUGGGGCUGUUUUCACAAAGGAUUCUUCUAUGAUCUCUUGCAAUCUGAUAUGUAAAUACAGUGGUGUUUGAGAGUUUGUGAACCCUUUAGAAUUUUCUACAU